AUGUGGAUUAUCUCUUUCUGGAUCUUUCCGGUCAUCUCGGCCUGCAUGUGGGUUGCGAUGCUCAUUGCCAUGAUCGCCACCUGGGCCAGAGAUGGUGAGCCCAUCUACCCCAACAUGGACAGGAGCAGCGGCCAGACCAUUGCAUACAUCUCGGACGUGGGUGCUUGGGGAGCAAAACCUCUCUUUAUCACGGGCAGUGUCAUCACGGUCGUCUUCUUGGACUUGGCCUUCCUGUCGGAGCGCUGGCUUCGACACGCUGGCCAGCUGAUCCCCAACAAGGGGAAAUUCGACAAGGCCUGCUCUAUUCUCUCCAUCUUUUUCGCUAUUGCUGGUGCCCUUGGUCUGAUCCUGCUGAGUAUCUUCGACACGGCGCGCCACCCUCACCUACAUGACGGGUUCCUUAUUAUGUUCAUUGUCGGAUACCUCGUCAGUGCCAUUUUUAUCUGUGCCGAGUAUCUGCGCAUCGGAAUUUUCUACCGAUCGCAGCACCGCAUCCUGCUUGUCAGCUUCUGCAUCAAGCUUGCCUUCGUCAUUAUCGAGAUCGGUCUCGCAAUCGGAUUCGGUGUGUGCCAUCAGAGCAGCAACAAAUCCUUGAAGAACCCGGGCGCCAUCCUCGAAUGGGUCAUCGCUUUUGUCUUCACUGGUUACAUCCUCUCUUUUGUCAUCGAUUUGUUGCCCGCGGUCCGCACUCGGAGACAUAUUCCACAAGGCGAGAAGGCUGCUAUGGCGCAAGCCCAGGCUCAUGAUAACAUGCCCGCCGCGUCUUUGGAGGAGCCUUUGACAACUGAUUCGGCCAACUACUACCGAGGCCAACGAGUUUAA